AUGAAUUUCGCCCCUACAAAACCGUGGAGUUCUUUACUGAGCCAGGUAACGCCCCGAAUUCCAAAAAUUAUUAUUUUGAACUGUCUUUUGACACUUUACAAAGGCUCCCUAGGCCCAGGCCCGGCUGUAGGGCCUGCCAAGAAACUGCCAGCAGAAUUCACCCUACGAGACGCAACAUUAAUAUCCGAUUGGCUCGAAGAUUGCGAGACAAAUCAUGCGAUGUGCAAACAAGCUACAUAUAAGCUGCCAGCAUGUGUAUUGUUCGUCGGAUCCGAUGAUCGCUUGCCACAUCUCUAUGAGAGCCGGAACGAGGAGGUGCGGUACACUGCCUUAAGCCACUGUUGGGGGGCAGAAGAGCAUCGGUCUCCUACAACAACAAACAAAUCACUUGCACAGAGAAAGGAGGGCAUCGAAUGGUCUGAGCUACCUCCAACCUUUGCUGAUGCCAUGGCCGUGACUCGACUCCUGGGUAUCGAUUAUAUAUGGAUAGACUCAUUGUGCAUCAUCCAGGAUGAUGCCGACGACUGGACCAGGGAAUCAACCAAGAUGAUCAACGUCUAUCAGCAAGCCGUCUUGACCAUCUCUGCCGAUGGAGUACUCAACAGCAAGGCAGGCCUUUUUCAUACAGUCAGUCAGAGGGCGACUGAUGAGCCCAAGAAGAUGUCGUGGACCAAUGGCUCUCAGGAGAACAUCUUGUAUACCAGGCUGACGACCGUUCCACCCAAGUCAAUCUGCAUACACUCUGCAGCAAUGUCUAACAUUCAAGAUAACCCUCUGCGAGGGCGAGCAUGGACUUUGCAGGAGUGGCUGGUGUCGUCUAGAGUCGUGUACUUCACAAAGGGUGAACUAGUCUGGGAAUGUAAACGAUUCAAUCGAUGCGAAUGUUAG